CUAACGACGCCCAGACACCAUCGGCCCAUCGCCGGAGUCUUAUCCGUCGUCUCUGCCUCUCCGACUCUCCGUGGGUUCGUGACCCAGUCUCCGGCUAUCCGGAAACCCUAGAUCGGAGAUCUUCUUCGAAUCCUUCAAUCCAUUAAGUAACAUCCUAACAGUGUAUGACAAUCAGCAAUUCAGUAGUGCUGGCCACUCAGAAAUGGAUCGGGUAAGACCCGGGGAGCCCAACAGUUUAGAAGCUUCACUGACGCAAAUGAUCAACGUUCACCAUUAUAGGUCACUCAAGCUCCGAGCAUUUACAGAGGAAUCAAAGAAAGGUGCGGUGCGUAGUGCAAACCGGGUUUCAAAUCUUCUGGUCGAUGCGGUGAAUGGCAGUGUCCAAGAGGCUUACGUGAUAGAGAAGAAGAUCGAAUUGGAAAUUCGAGCAUUGGCGGCCGCCAUUAUGCGGUUUGGAAAGCAAACCGAUCAGUGGCUCGCCGCUUCUCAUGCUAUCAAUACUGCAAUUAAGGAAAUUGGAGAUUUCGAGAAUUGGAUGAAGACCAUGGAAUUUGAUUGUAGAAGUAUCAGUGCUGCGAUCCGUAACAUUCACCAAUCAUAGUAUAACUAAACCUCCCCUUGCCUCUAGCUUAUACAUCAAGUUCAAUCUAUCAUUAAUUCUUGACAUUUCUUGUAUACAUGUACAAUCUAUUAUAGAUGAUUUUUAUGCAAUUACUCUAGCCUUAGAAUCUUGCUCUGAUCGACAAGUUGCCAACUUGCCACAACAUCAUUGUACAACAGUCCUUCAAAUAAUAAAAUAUUACUCUGUAGUAUUAAAAGUUCUGUAAUGGCUGUUUUUAUACUUCUUUUCAAUGGAUUAUAACUCUCUUAAGAUAUUCAUUGUAAUGUAACUUGAGAUUCACAUCC